AUGGCCACGACGGAAAGGUCUGCUCCCUUCCGUGCCGUCGUUCUAGAGACCCCCAUCACACCGUUGCCUGUACUAUCCCAAGGGUGUACUCAGAGGCAGCCUCCAAGGACUUCCCGCUGCUUCAACACGAGACGCCGGCUUCGGACAAGCGCGAGCUCCCACCGACACCUGCUCCAGACAUUGCCCAAGAACCACACACAGGACGCCACGCCGCAUCCAACGCCCGCUGCGUCCCCAAUUAGCCCAGACCCGACCAGCGCUCCCACGGCCGAUGAUCCGGUGUGCGCCUCGCGCCGACCGGUCACCACCAUCGAACAACAUGCGAGCACCUCGCUUCACAGUGGAUCUGUUGGGCGGACAUACGCCAAUGACAGCGUGGCGUCCGACGCUAGUCACGCGGCCUCCUCAUCGUCUGCGAAUCCUCCUACCAUCGAGGAGUCUCCGUCCACAGACAACGGAACCGUCCACAUUGAAGAGUCAGACAGUUCUUCAAGUGAGAAGCCACUGCAAAUUGAGGAAGACGCUACCCCCAGCGAAGUCAGCUGGGAAGUGUCGCCGUUCUGGUGCCCCCCUCCGUUCGAAGUUCCAGCAUCAAGCGUCACCGAGUUUCCAGCAGCGGCUUGGAAACACGCAGCCGCGACAGGUCCCUUGCGGACACCAAUGCGGCCCCGGAAGCCCCGCUCCUCCGGUGCGUCGCCCGGCCGCAAGAAACGACUGAACCGCUGCGGGGCGCGUUCACCUGCUCCCGCGCCCACUGAAAGUAGCCCUGCCUUGCCGUCCCUUCACUGUAUCCUUAUCUUCAUGGCUCUCACUUUAAAAGUAAAAAGUAAAAAUGCGUGGAUAUCUUAUACCAACGUGCCUUAA